UCCUUGAUGGCAUCAACAACUUCUAAGUCGGAGUGCAUACACAACAUUCAUCUGGAUCUUGGAAUUUCUGUCUUUCGCUUAAAAUAUAUUUAUGUAUUCUGUCAUUAGCAGGGGAAAAAAAAAACCUUACAAACUUUGCAAUGUCUUUAUGCUCAAUUAUGUGGCACCUAGUAUUUAUCUUAACAGUGUAUAGAACUUAUGGUUGUGUGAUGACCAGUCCAGACCAGAAGGUUAAUGAGGGGACAGAUGUCUAUUUGUCGUGUAAUGUCUUACAGUGUCCUGGAUCUCAGGACAUUAUGUCUCUUAGUGUGGAGUGGGAAUUCCAGGAUAUUUCCUCUGAGCCAAAAAUAAUCCUCUACUACAUCAGAAAUCGAACUGUACCAAUUCCGGGUGUAUUUUUUGGGGGAGAUGUCAAAUUAGGGAAUUUUGAUAUACAUCUCCAAUCCGUGACUUAUGAGAACAAUGGAACUUAUUUGUGUAGAUUGCGUCUCAAUGGCAAUUUUCACAAGAAUCGAACACACCUUACUGUCCAAUCAGCACUGACCAGCAGGAAAAACAGUCCAGGUGUGAAUCAUCUGCAGGCACAUCCUCCCUGGUGGCUGGCCCUGGCAUCAGUGUCUGGGUUUGUGUUACUAAUUGGUACCGUGUUUUGGGGGAGGAAGGCUUGCAGAUCGACCCAGAGAGAAAACAACUCAAAGCAAAAUAUAGAUGAGGUUAAAACCACUUCUGACACUGACAACGAGGCAAUCACAUACAAGGCCCUGAAGAUGACUUCUUGUGUGUCCCAGGUGGGAAACAGCUCUAUGCCUGAUUUGGUAGAUGUGAACAGUCCUUCCAGCAGUGCAGACAACAUCUAUGUUACCAUGCAGCAUGGUGUACCAUUCCCACAAGACACUCCUGUCACAUCUGGACGCAACAGACGUCUUCCCUCUGAUUGGCAGCCGAAGGAUGAGGAGCCCGUGUAUGUCCGCUGCCAAAAUUUAUCGUUCAGACCAUGCAGACUAAUAGAUGAGACACAGAAUAACUGAUUAUUUAAAAGAAUGAGAGUAUAUUGUCAAACAUGUAUUCCUACAUGUUCCUAACAGGUUGUUUGCAUAUACCGGCUGACUAUACAUUAUCCCUCAUAAUAAAUCUGCGUUCAUCUGUUUGAAUAUGCAAUUAAAUGUCAUUUUAAUUAUUUAGCUUUCUUUCCUCACACACCUCUUUUAUCAUCUGCAAGAUCUCAACAGUGGUCAGUACAGUUUAGUUACAGUGCUUCAUGGUGAACUUCUACUUUUUUUUUUUCUUUAUCUUCUCAGUGGCUUCUCAUCAGCAUGAAUUUGCCACUUCUAACCUGUGUCUCUGAAGAGGCAAACUAAAUUUUCCUCCAGUGCUAAUAAUGAAGUGGUUAUAAGCGUUACACAAUUAAGUAUUCACGCCAACUAUCCUUUGCGAUUUAAGAAACCACAAACCAAGAGUUUUAUAAACCAUAAUAAAACUAGUGGCUAAAACCGUUAUUGGCUAUCAAAACCAUCAAGGAACACCCUCAAUGUACUGUCAUUAAUCAGAUAUAUACACCGCCUUAUGUUAGAUGUCUAUGUAGGAAGUCUAUAUCUUUAAUAAGCAUCAUCAUCACCACCAUCAUCCUCGUGUUUUUCGGCACCUUAUGUGUAUUUCCACCUCUUGCUCAUCUCUA